CAAGAAGGGAAAAUCUGGUAGACCAAAUUUGCUUAGUUCUAGUUUCAAGAAGUAUAAGUAUGCCAGUGGUAGUGUAUAAGCACCUUAGGCGAAUCCCACAUCGGCCAUGCAAAGGGGGGGAACUGAGCAUAUAAGUGCGAAAAAUGUUCUACAUAGUGAUGCGCGUUUUGGGAUUAAAUCCCAAAGCGAUAAAACCGAGGAUUGGUUGUGACCUGAACAAGACAAUACGUUGCUAUGUGGACCCCGGCCGUUAUAGAAUGGUAUUAGAGCUGACCCCUGAGCCUCUAAGUGCAGUGGUGGGGAAAACCUCAGCGAGGACACUGAGUCCCAAGGGGGGGUAUGUGUAAGCACCUUAGGCGAAUCCUACAUUGGCCAUGCAAAGGGGGGGAACUAGGCAUAUAAAUGUAGAGGGUGUUCUACAUAGUGAUGCGCGUUUUGGGAUUAAAUCCCAGAGCGAUAAAAUUGGGGAUUAGUUGUGACUUGAACCGAACAAUACGUUGCUAUGUGGACCCCGGCCAUUACAUAGUGGGUCUACAACUGUGCCUUCAGAAUGGGAUAAGUAUUUAAGUGAAGUGUGUGAGGAGGAAAUUAAUGACUUUGAUAUUUUGAAUUGGUGGAAAGCUAAUUGUCAUCAGUUUCCAAUUUUAUCUUUCAUUGCUCAAGAUGUGUUGGCAAUUCCAAUUUCUAUUGUUGCAUCCGAGUCUGCUUUCAGCACAAGGGGUCGAGUACUUGAUCCAUUUAGGAGUUCUCUUUCUCCUAAACUGGUUGAAAGUUUGAUUUGUACACAAGAUUGGUUUUGGUCAUCUACCACCCCAUUGAGUGUUGAAGAAGAUUUGGAUCAUGUUAAACAACUUGAAGAAGGUAAACUCAUUGUUACUCUUUUUUUUUUUAAUUUUAGUUCAAUACUUGUUACUUUUAAAUUAUUUAAUUAAUUGUGUAUUGUUUUAGAAUUGGCAAAGGUUAUUGUUGACAGCCCUGCACCUAUGAAAAUUUAGAUUUUGAAGACUCAUGCAUUUGUUGGAGAAGUUAGGAGCUCUUAAGUGGAGCAGACAACAGAGUAGUGCACUUUCUCAUGGCGCAGCUUAAGCUCGUGGAUGUGAAGGCGUUUUGGACACCCCAACAAACCUAUUUCAGAGAGAGAGAAGAGAGAGGAGAGAUGGCAGGCAUUGCGGCGGCCUUCUCCUCCGGCGUCGGGCUCUUCAAGACGAAGGAAUCAGCCGGCAAUGGCUACGGAGCUUCUCUGCUUCACUACAAUGGCUUGAGACCAGUUAAGAGCAACCAAGCCCCUUCUACUGGCUAUAAUAAGCCAACCACUUCAGUUUCAUAUAUAUUGUCAGCCUCCUCAAAAUGCAGAAGAAUCAGGGCUGUGGGCAGCCCAACUGUUUUAGCUCCUAAACGGGAAACUGAUCCCAAGAAAAGGAUCGUCAUAACUGGAAUGGGCCUUGUCUCAGUUUUCGGGAGCGACAUCGAUACAUAUUACAACAAACUUCUCGAGGGAGAAAGCGGCAUCACCCUCAUCGACAGAUUCGAUGCUUCAACCUUCUCUGUUCGAUUUGCCGGCCAGAUUCGUGGCUUCUCCUCUACAGGUUACAUUGACGGCAAGAAUGACCGCCGCCUUGACGAUUGCUGGAGGUACUGCUUAGUUGCCGGCAGAAGGGCCCUCGAUGAUGCCAAGCUUGGACCGCAAGUUCUCAAAACGAUGGACAGAUCUAAAAUAGGAGUUCUAGUGGGCUCGGGCAUGGGCGGCUUGACAGCUUUCAGUGCUGGGGUCGAGGCUCUUAUCCAGAAGGGAUACAAGAAGAUUACUCCCUUUUUCAUUCCUUAUUCCAUCACCAAUAUGGGUUCCGCAUUAUUAGCUAUAGACACGGGCUUGAUGGGACCAAAUUACUCCAUCUCAACAGCCUGUGCAACUGCAAACUACUGCUUUUACGCAGCUGCAAAUCACAUUAGAAGGGGCGAAGCCGAUAUUAUGGUUGCUGGUGGCACUGAGGCUGCGGUCACAGCGACUGGUGUUGGCGGGUUCAUUGCCUGCCGGGCCUUGUCUCAAAGGAACGAUGAGCCUCAGAAAGCUUCGAGGCCCUGGGACAAAGAGCGUGAUGGUUUUGUAAUAGGAGAAGGCUCCGGGGUGCUGAUCAUGGAGAGCUUAGAGCACGCAAUGAAAAGAGGAGCCAAUAUAGUUGCAGAGUAUUUGGGAGGUGCCAUAACGUGUGAUGCUCAUCACAUGACUGAUCCUCGGGCCGAUGGCCUGGGAGUUUCAUCUUGUAUAAGCAAGGCCUUGGACGAUGCUGGAGUCUCCCCUGAGGAGGUGAACUAUGUUAAUGCCCACGCAACAUCGACUCUUGCCGGCGAUCUGGCAGAGGUUAAUGCCAUCAAGAAGGUCUUUAAGGAUACAUCGGAGCUGAAAAUGAAUGGAACCAAGUCGAUGAUUGGGCAUGGGCUUGGAGCUGCUGGUGGGUUGGAAGCCAUUGCAACUAUAAAGGCAAUCAACACUGGGUGGCUGCAUCCAACCAUUAACCAAUAUAACUCGGAGCAUGAGGUUACAAUCGACACAGUUCCGAAUGUAAAGAAAAAGCACGAAGUUAAUGUUGCUAUCUCCAACUCAUUCGGCUUUGGGGGGCAUAACUCGGUGGUUGUUUUCGCUCCAUUCAAGCCUUAAAAUGAAGCUUAAGCUAUCUCCAACUCUUUUUGUUCAGAUUCAUUUUGGACUUAGCAAAUUAAGCAGGGAGUGUCGUUUCCAAGUAUUGGGGUCAUUUAUCAUGCAUGGCAUAUCGAUAUGCAGCUUCUUUUACACACGUUUUCUUUCCAUUCCAUAAAAUGUACCUGAUAUAUAAUUCAGAUGAGGUUCACAAUGUACGGGUGAAUAAUACUUUUGUCUUGCCGCCUUUUUCCUAUAUUGUCAUCUAAGCAUU